AUGUUUGGGAUCCAAAACAGACGAGAUCUAACGAUGGAGCUCCAAUCCCAAAUCCCAAUCCUGCGUCCAAGCAUCCACGCACGACGAGCCAACAUCAUCGUCAAGUUCCAAGACCUAUACGGUUUCACGGUGGAAGGCAAUGUCGACGACGUGAACAUCUUGAACGAAGUGAGGGAGAAAGUGAGGAACCAAGGGAGAGUUUGGUGGGCUCUUGAGGCAAGCAAAGGAGCUAAUUGGUAUCUCCAGCCGGAUAUUCUCAUGAUCGGUGACGGUAUCGCCUUGAAGACGUCUUCUCUAAAGAUCUCGACUUUGACUAAUGCGAUUACGUUGAAGAGGUUGGUGAGGAAAGGGAUCCCUCCUGUGUUGAGGCCUAAGGUUUGGUUUUCGCUUUCUGGUGCUGCUAAGAAGAAGAGUACUGUGCCUGAGAGUUAUUAUAGUGAUUUGAGUAAGGCUGUUGAUGGGAUGGUUACGCCUGCUACUAGGCAGAUUGAUCAUGAUUUGCCAAGGACGUUCCCAGGCCAUCCGUGGUUGGACACUCCAGAGGGUCAUGCUGCUUUACGACGUGUGCUUGUUGGGUAUUCCUUUCGUGAUUCUGAUGUUGGCUACUGUCAGGGGCUAAACUAUGUAGCAGCGUUACUAUUGCUUGUGAUGAAGACAGAAGAAGACGCCUUCUGGAUGCUAGCAGUACUCUUGGAAAACGUAUUGGUUCGUGACUGCUACACAACCAACUUGUCUGGAUGUCAUGUUGAGCAGAGGGUUUUCAAAGAUCUGCUUGCCCAAAAGUGUCCUCGAAUAGCAACUCAUCUUGACGAUAUGGGCUUUGAUGUUUCCCUUGUAGCCACAGAGUGGUUUCUAUGCCUCUUCUCCAAAAGCUUGCCUUCAGAGACAACUCUAAGAGUUUGGGAUGUACUCUUCUAUGAAGGAGCAAAGGUUCUUUUCCAUGCAGCUUUGGCAAUAUUCAAGAUGAAAGAAAACGAGCUGCUUAUGACUCAUCAGGUCGGUGAUGUGAUCAACAUAAUACAAACAACCUCACACCAGCUCUUUGAUCCGGAUGAAUUAUUAACGGUGGCAUUUGAUAAAAUCGGUUCUAUGACAACCAACACAAUAUCUAAGCAGAGGAAGAAGCAGGAACCGGCAGUGUUGGCAGAACUUGACCAGAGACUUCGUAGACUCAACUCUCUUAAAGAAACUGAUAAGAACACUUGAAUAAAAGAAAACUGUUGGGACUUGAGGGAGAAGAUGAGCCAAAAAAAAAGUGUACAACAAGGAGGGAGUCCAAUGGUGUGUUUGCUUACCCCUCUUGAUGGUCAUUUUCUUCUUAUUAUUAUGUUAAAGAGUAUAUAAAGAUAGGGUUUCUAAUUUUGAGAGCAAAACUAAAGACCAACAAACAAGAUCCAUUUUCUGAGCUGGUAAAUGUGAAAGUUUCUUCCUUUGCUUUGUUUACUUGAUAUCAUCAAUUGUGAUCCAUUUCAAUUUUUUUUUUAGUUAAGG